ACUCUUAUUUGCUAAGGAAGUAAACAUAAACAAAACAUUUUCUCUGAUCGACGAGAAAGAUGGGACAAAUGCAAUCGAAAGAGAAAUUAAUGUUUAACCAUGUGAGGUCCGGCAACGUAGAAGGGAUUCGAGCUCUUUGUCUAGAGGGUGCAAACCUCGAGUGGAUGGAUAAAGAAGGAAACACGCCUUUGAUCUUGGCUUGCAAGAAGUCUAAGCUAUAUGAUGUUGCACAAACCUUGAUCGAGCUGGGCGCCAAUGUUAAUGCCCAUCCUCCUGCUCCCCGUGACGCGACUCCUCUGUACCAUGCUGCAAGAAGAGGUCUCGAGAAGACUGUUAAAUUACUUCUUUCAAAUGGUGUAAAUUAUGAUUGUCAGACACCACUUCAACAAGCUAGAUACUAUAAGUACACCAAGGUCGUACGUGCCAUUGAGAAUCACAUAUGCGUGUUCUCUGGUUGGAUGCGUGAAUUUUACGGUCCUUCUCUUCUUGGUGUAUUUGCUCCUCAGCUUCUUUCAAGAAGAGUAUGGGUUGUCAUCAUACCAACUAGCUCAAUUUACCCUAAGCCUUACAAAUUUGAGCUGGUUGUGUAUGCUAGUUUGAAGGAUGCACAGCCACGGGUGGUGAUGGCUUUGAGGAAUCCACACUUAAAAGAACCAGAGGAGAUGCACCCUAAUACUUCAGUGACGAUUGUUGAUAAUGAUAACAAAAAAAAAAGUCUGAAACUCGCACCUUCGAUAGAAGAGGGCAGGCAACAGCUGAAGUGGUUUUGUGAUGCAUGCAAAGGAAUCCCACAGCCAGUGCGUCCCCCGGUCGUUGUCCAGACAGUACUACCAUCUGCUCCUCCAUUGGCAGAUUAUGAUACAGAAGCGGUAGAGGAAGGUCCAAUGCAUUACCCAUUAAGCGGUUCAACUACUCCGUCGGCUUCAGUUGGUGGUGGAAAUACAGAAGACGGAGGGAGCUCUGGACAGUGCUUGAUAUGUAUGGAUGCUCCAUCUGAUGGGAUUUGUGUCCCGUGUGGACAUGUCGCAGGUUGCAUGUCUUGCUUGACCCAGAUCAAAUCCCAUGCAUCGGAAUGUCCGAUCUGUCGGGCCAACAUCCAUCAGGUUAUGAAGGUGUACCGUGUCUGAACUACAACAUGUAUGGGACAGAUCUCUCCUUCAUUUGAAAAUGUUUUUUUUUUAAUUUAUUGCUCACCCAAAA